AUGGAGAAUGGGAGACGUUCACAACAUAAACGACGUAAAACAAAUCAAGGAGUUAUUAGUGUGGAUAACGGAAGUGGCUCUAGCGAAGUUAGGGAUGUCAACUGCGUUCAACCAACAUAUUCAACUGGUCAAAAUAUGACAGAAGGUGGAUGCAGCUAUGGUUCAGGCACAGAAGAUAUUACAAGGAAAUUUGUUGAACCUUGGAAUUUUGGUGAACCAUCAUGUGUAUGUGAAUAUUGUGGUGCAAUAGUAUGGUAUGAAGAAAGAACAACAAAAUCUAGGAAGCCUCCUAAUCCUAAAUUUUCUCUAUGUUGUAUGGAAGGUCAAGUCAAGUUGCCUUUGCUUAAGAAACCACCUAUUAUUCUUGAAGACUUGCUAAAUCCUGCUGGUGGGCAGCGUUCAAAAAACUUUAAGGCACAAAUAAGAAGUUAUAAUUCUAUGUUUGCUAUGACAUCAAUGGGUGGGAAUGUGGAUAAUAGUAUUAACGAUGGAAGAGGUCGUUAUAUUUUUCGCCUUAAUGGUCAAAACCACCAUAGAAUUGGAUCAUUACUCCCAGGUGACGGCUUGAACCCGCGUUUUGCGCAAUUAUAUUUUUACGACACUGAAAAUGAAGUUCCAAAUAGAAUGAAUUCCUUGAAUCGCUCUGACAAUAACCUUGACCGAUCUAUUGUUGAUGUCCUGGUCCAAAUGUUAGAUGAAUCAAAUGUAUUGGUGAAGAUCUUUCGUAUGGCUAGAGAUCGUUUUAGAGAAGAUAAUGUCCACCACUUAAGAUUACGUAUUAUUGAAUCACGAUCAACCGAUGGAAGAGAGCACAAUCUUCCCACAUGUUCUGAAAUUGCUGCAAUUAUCGUCGGUGACAUUGGUGUUGAGAAUGCACACCGUGAUGUUAUUGUGGAUUAUAAAGAAGGUGGAUUACAGAGGAUCAACGAGUUGCAUCCAUCGUAUAUGGCAUUGCAGUAUCCUCUUCUAUUUCCAUAUGGAGAGGAUGGAUUUAGGCUUGGCAUUUUACAUAGAAGUGUUAACGGAACUAGACAUAACACAAACAGUUAUGUAACAAUGAGGGAGUACUAUGCAUACCGGUUGCAAGAACGUCAAGGUGAAGGAAAUACUUUGAUAUAUGGUGGCCGCUUAUUUCAGCAGUUUGUUGUUGAUGCAUACACAUGUAUUGAAGGAAUGCAGCUUAUGUGGGUAAGACGUAACCAAAGUGCAUUGAGGAUUGAAUUGUAUAGUGGUCUGAGGGAUGCAGUUAUGAGAGGCGAUACCACCCCUGCAUCUAUUGGGAAAAGAAUUGUUUUGCCUUCGACUUUUACGGGAAGCCCAAGAUAUAUGAUUGAGAAUUAUCAAGAUGCAAUGGCAAUUUGUAGAUGGGCAGGCUAUCCUGAUUUAUUUAUUACUUUCACUUGCAAUGCGAAAUGGCCGGAAAUUGAAAGCUUUCUAUCUAUGAAUCCUGGUCAGAAACCUGAGGAUCGACCUGAUAUACUUGCAAGAGUCUUUAAGAUCAAGCUCGAUCAGCUAUUAUAUGACUUAAAGCAUGGACGACACUUUGGGAGAUUACUGGCUGUUGUCUACACUAUUGAAUACCAAAAGAGAGGAUUGCCUCAUGCUCAUAUAUUGCUUUUUCUACAUCCCGAGGACAAACAUCCAACACCAGUAGAAAUAGAUAGGAUAAUCUCCGCAGAAGUGCCAGAUUUGAACAAAGAUCCUCAAGCUUAUGAUGUUGUCAAACAAUUUAUGGUACAUGGUCCUUGCGGCUCUAUAAAUCCAAAAUCAAGUUGUAUGAUUGGCAACAAAUGUAGCAAGCAUUUUCCAAAGAGAUUUUACUCUGAAACUACAGUUGAUGAAGAUGGCUUUCCAGUGUAUAAAAGGAGGAACAAUGGAAGAUUUGUUGAAAAAAAUGGUGUCAAACUUGACAAUCGAUUUAUAGUUCCUCACAAUAUUGACUUAUUGGUAAAAUAUCAGUCACAUAUAAAUGUUGAGUGGUGUAAUCGUUCAAGGUCUAUCAAGUACUUAUUCAAAUAUAUAAAUAAAGGACCUGAUCGUGCAACUCUAAUUCUUGAAGAAAAUCUACACGUCGAUGGAUCUACUGGAAUACAACAUGUGAUAGAUAUUGAUGAAAUAAAAGCAUAUUUAGAUUGCAGAUAUGUGUCGGCUAUAGAGGCAUGUUGGAGAAUCUUUUAG